AUAAAUUUUUUCAAACGAAUGAGUCGAGUGCAGCUAGCUAGCUCGCCAAUGCCCAUUCGGUGGUGAGCGGGACAUGUGCUGCAAUUUGUAACAUCUUGAUGAAUAUUUCUGCUCGCUGUGCUGCUGGGUUGAAAUGACUGAAGCUUUUGUGUGAUCGAUUUCAUUUAGGCGUUCUGAUGACUGUAUAUGGGGGUAGGGCCAAUGCAAUGAUGCAACACCUGUACUGACAUUGAUGGUACAUCAACAAAAAUGGAGGCUGUCAUAACUCUAGUCAUGAAGUAUUGUGGAACGGAGCUGGAACUGUAUGGGAAGUGCGUCAGUGAACAUCCUAAGGACUGGCAGACUGCCUGUGCUGAGCUGAAGGAGGCGGCUGCCAAUUGUUCAGAUCACCAUCCAGUAGUUCGUCAAAUCAACCGUGACUGUGUAGCAGAGUUCAGCAACUAUGAUGCUUGUCUCAAAAAGAACCCAGAAGAUGUCACGGUGUGUGUGGACCAACUGCACAAGUUUUUGCAAUGUGCCGAUUCAUCUGCUCACAGAAUACAAAAUGCAGUUUUAGAAAAAUCAGAAAAAGAUGGAAGUCAUUCCUUGUGAUACAAGCUCUCGUCUUGGCAAUUUUGUGCAGGUUGCCCAUCGCAUGAUCCAUACUGGGUAAAUUUUUUUUAAAUGAUUUUGAAACGAAUGAUCAAAUAAAAAGCUGUUUAAUAUGCACAUGAUUUGUGGACUGUACAGUUGUGCUGGAUACAGUUAACUUACAUGUACUUGUUAUAUAGUCACAUGGCUGGUUUAUAGAAAGGACUCUUUACAUAAAUACUACCUCGCAAAUUCUGCAUAUCAGGUAAAUGACACUACCAUCUUGCAGCUGUGAAGACUAUCCAUGUAUUGAAGGAUAGUUACGGCGGAAACAAAUUUCUGGUCCAAACCUACUCAGUCCCAAAUUUCCUUACCAAAGAAACUGUCCCCUCGGUAUAAUGCUGGCCAAGGCAUACAUUCUUGUUCCGAGGCUGUAGCAGGGGAGACCCCACACACACUGUACAACAGUGUAGGGACUCCUACCAAAUUCGCCACAAAUUUGUCCAAAGUUCACACGGCCAAGAGAAAUCCUUCCCACAAUGUGGUGCUGGCGAGGUCAUGUGGCCACCAUUGAGUGUUAACAAAUUUUUACCAGGUUUCAUGUCGCAGCAUUAAAAUGCAGGAGCAACGCACAAUGCCUCUACACCAAAAUAAGAAUGCUGAAAAUCAUUGAAAACACAUUGCAUUGUGGGGAAAAGUCAACACUCGCAGCCAAAUAUCAGUUGUAAUUUGUGUCAAAACUUCUCCCCUUGUCACUACAUUGAAUUACGUGAUCAUUCACGAAUUUCUAUAAUUAUCACUUGCUAUAUGUCUGCAAUCUUCAAAGUGGAUAGCCAUUUUUGGGAAAGACGUUUUGGGGAUAAAAUGUUUCAAGUACGCUGUACUAUAAUAAAUCCCUGCCGAAGCUGUGCAGUGUUGCUUGAUAACGUAUUCAGGUGUGCAAAAUGGAGUCGUGUUGGCAAGCAAGUUUCCUUGACGAGUGCCUUGUUGAUUCACUAUUUUGUCAUCUGUGAUGAACUAAAGUUGUGUGUGCAUUUCUAAAUACAGUUAUAUAUGCCACUGUAAGACCCAUGCAAAUAAGUUGCCUUUGUAGCUAAACUUUUGUCAAAGAACUUUUAUUGGAAAAGAUAAAGAAAAGUAGAAAACAAGAAUAAAAUGUGAUCAAUGCUGGGUCAUACUGCAAUAAUUGCUGGAUGUUAAAGAUAUACUAUUUGUGAAAAUUGGCUGGAAGACACUUCCUUUUCAACUAUCUGAGCUCUUUGGUUAGUUGAACAAUUAUUGAACUGUAGCUUGACCUAAGAUCUUAAAAACUCAGUAACCUUUUAUACAAGGCUCAUAGAAUUGCAGUUAUUACCUUUAAAUAUAUUCCCAGGGUAAAUUUGGUUUAACCACAUCUGUAAGUUCGUUUUAUACAAUAAAUAUUCAAACCUGUGA